AUGUCGACUCAGUACUGCGGCUACGGAUUCUACCGACGGAGGUGCGACACAGGCCUCAGCCGCGGCGCUCGCAUCGGCAUCGGCAUCGCCGUGGCCGUGGGAGUCAUCGCACUCUGUCUUGUUGUCGGCGCGCUUACCCGACGCGCUAGGCAGAGGCGUUUCGCCACCCAACACCAGCACGCCAUGAGCACCGUCAACUCAGGCGGCGCCGGUGCUGGCGCCUACGGCGGCUAUCCGCAGCAAACCUAUCAGCAACAAGGCUAUCCGCAGCAGCAGUCCUACUACGGCAACAACCCGCAGGCCAGCCCGUACGCCCAGUCGCCCAACCAGGGCCACGGCGGCAGCUACGCACCCCCGCCCGGCAUGCCGCCCGCCGAUGCCAGCCGCGCAGAGACGGGCGAUGCCGGCUUCUACGCUCCCCCCGUCGGACCCCCGCCACCGGCCUACCAGCCCUCGAACCACGAGAACAAGGUCUAG